CGUGUUUGGUCUGUCGAAGGAGAGGCGAGGAGAUUACUUCCACAACAGUAGCUGCUCGAGCAUCGUCCAGCACACUCCGCGGUUGGGCUGGGGGAGAAGCAUCGGCGGGAGCGCAUUUGUUUCCGGUCAACCAAGCAGAACCCAAGAGCUAUCAUACCAGACAUCAACCAACACCCCCCCGCAACGGACAAAACGUUCCAGCAGACGCUGGGAGAAGGGAACAACCAAGGUUACUUGGCCCGGCCUGAGAGCGCGCGUUGCGGCUGAGCUGAGCAUUUUUUUGUUCUUCCCUCCGAGACCAUGACUACGCGACAAGCGGAGCCGUACGACCACCUCUUCAAGCUGUUGCUGGUGGGAGAUGCUGCUGUUGGAAAGAGCAGCAUCAUGUUGCGAUUCACAGACGACACUUUCGACGAUCAUCUGCAGAGCACCAUCGGGGUCGACUUCAAGGUGAAAAUGGUCGAUGCGGGGGGCAAGAGGAUAAAGAUGACGAUCUGGGACACCGCUGGGCAGGAGCGGUUCCGCACGUUGACGAGCUCGUACUACCGAGGGGCACAAGGGAUCAUGCUCGUGUAUGAUGUAACGCGACCGGAGACUUUCGACAACUUAUCCAAGUGGCUAGAAGAGGUGGAGACUUACCAUCCUGGCAGGGGAAGGGAGGUAGUGAAGCUGCUAGUGGGUAACAAGGUGGACAAGGAGAGGGUAGUGACGCGGGCUCAGGCAGAGGAGUACGCGCGCAGCAAGGGUAUGCUGUUUUUGGAGGCCAGCGCGAAAACGAAGGUCGGGGUGAAGCAGGUCUUCGAGGAGGUGGUCCAAAAGAUCCUGGACAACCCCAGCCUGCUCGCGAACACCGCUCCCGGGAGACCGAGAGACACCGUCGACCCUUCCAGGCCGAAUCCCAACCAGGCGGGGGGAGGGCUCUGCUGCGGCUGA